UCUAAAAAAUCGAAAAGCACGCUUGUAGUUUCCCCAAAGUGUUCCCGGAGAUCCAAAUUCUGAACUUGCUGCCCUUGGAGGUGGGUCUCAUGACUCACGAGUUGUAUUGAAGGCAACCCCAUACUGUGAACAGGGGAAUAAUGGAUGCUUGUUUCUGUAUAGGGAGUCUAGUCCUGCUGGAUGCUGGGUGGCUGGUCAUCUCCUGUCAGUUCGAUGUAUUACAGAACCAAUUUUGUCCAACUCUCUCUAUCUGACAUACUGGACUGAUCACCGAAUCUUGAGAUCUUGGUUCCCAGUCUGGUGUGACUUGUGAGUUUCAAUGCCCAUCCAAAAACAACGGCACGGAAGGUGAAGUGAAAGGCUAACCAUAAGGCCAUUUUGGAAACAACCUCCACCCACCAUGGGACCAACAGGCCUGUAAGGCUGUAACAACAAUAGCAAUCAGCUGAAGGCAUCGAAUUCUUUAUUCUCUCAAUCUCAGAAAAGAAAGAGAGGGGAAAAAAUAAGCAAAAAACAAAAGAAGAAGAAAAAGAAAAUAAAGUAAGGAUUCCUCGAGGAAUAAGAAACAUGGAAAAGAGGCUUUUGGACGCAGAACGAUUCCUUCGAUAGUCUGUCACGGGCUUGUGCACUGUAGAGAACUCCGCCAGAGUGCUACAACGGUCCGCCGUGGAGCGCUGUUCAGGCGAAUCCGGCCUAGUCGGGGAACCGGUUUUCUAGGUUUGAAUCUGGCCAUAGCCUAUGUUGGAGGGCGCUACGUCAUGAGUGUAUCAUUAUUCCACAGACCAAUUUGAAAAUUAUCACAUCCAUCAAGGACAAAGUCGGAAAUCAAGGAAAGAAAAUUCCAAGAUGGGGAAGGAGAACCGUUGAUGUUCCCCAUACCAAAAUAUUUUUUUGGCGCCAAAGUGGAAGUCAAUCUCCGAGUGGUGCCCGCGGUCAGCAAUUUUCACGGGCACUUUGAAGUUUGGAGUUAGAUAUCUCUCUCUCCCACACUCUUUAGGCUUUUAAGCAUAUAUUUGCUUAGGUCACGGGUUUCCUCGGGUUCCCUAUCUCUACGUCCCUUCAUUGGUGGCCUAUAACAAAACAAUAUUCAAGGUCACUCUUCCUCAUUUAAAGCCCUUUUGACACCUUUCUCAUGUCGCUUCCACCCCCAACCCCUUCUUCCCCACUCUAAAGAAACAAACCACCUUUUCAUCUUCUCCACCCUUUUCUCUUUUUCUCACUCCCAACAUUUUCCUACUGGUUUCUCACGAUUCUCUACUGAUUUCUUAUACAAAGCCUACCUCCUACCCUUCUUUUAUUAUUGUUGACUUGGUGAGAUAAGAUUUGUUCUGUGUGAUCCGGAGAUGGGGUUGUUCGCCGAGAAGCUUCAAGUGGAUGGUGGCUUGGAAUCGGAGAACAAGAAGUGGGUUAUCUCCGGGAUACAGUUACGAGCUCCUUUGAAGCCCGUAUAUACAAGCCCUGUAGGGAAAGAGCGGGACGAAGAAGGAGAAGAGUGUUCGACGCCGACAUAUGAAGAAGCCAGAAUUCCGACAACACUAACAUGCCCUCCCGCUCCGAGGAAGAGGAAGCCUUCUUCUAGGUGCAAUUACAAUGGUGUUAGGGAGUUCUUCACUCCUCCAGACUUAGAAACUGUGUUUAUACGCCAUGUUGAGAGGGCUACUAGCUAGCUGAUCAGUUGGGAGAUGAUUCCACAAUCUAUAAUAUGUUUUGUUCCUUUCUUUUUUUUUUUCUUUGCCCUUUUUCUCUCUUUGUCUCUUUCAUGUUCUUUGUAGUGGAUAGCAGAGUUAGCAGUUUAUGUAUAGCCUUUACAAAUUAAUAAAUAAAAUGACAGUCUAGCUUUGUUAUGA